AUGGGUGGCUCGGUAUCUAAGAUGAUGGGGAAGAUCUUCGGCACGAAGGAGAUGCGCAUUCUCAUGCUGGGUUUGGAUGCUGCUGGAAAGACUACUAUUCUCUACAAAUUGAAACUCAGCAACCAGGACGUGACCACGAUCCCCACCGUCGGAUUCAACGUCGAGAGCGUGACCUAUAAGAACGUCAAGUUCAAUGUGUGGGAUGUCGGAGGCCAGGACAAGAUUCGCCCUCUCUGGCGUCACUACUACUCUGGUACACAAGGUUUGAUCUUCGUCGUGGACUCCAGCGACACCGCACGUCUGGAGGAAGCUCGCUCGGAGCUACACAAGAUCAUCAACGAUCGCGAAAUGAAGGACGCUCUUCUCCUGGUCUUUGCCAACAAGCAGGAUAUCCCUGGCCACCUGAGCCCGGAGGAGAUCACCCAACAACUCCAACUGACCAAGCUGAAGGACAAGCUGUGGUAUGUUGCGCCCAGUGUUGCAACAGACGGUACCGGUAUUUUCGAGGGCCUGGCCUGGCUCUCGAACAACGUCAAGACCCAGCCUACGAAAUAA